UACGAAAUGAUAACAAUUCCCUUUUGUUAGUCCAACAUUAACUGCCGACUAACUGAUACGUUUAGAGCGCUUUUAAAUGAUCAUUAUAAACAUUUUAAUGUAAUGUUUACGUAGUUUCAAUAGCUAUAGUCUGUAAAUUUUAGUUCAUUUGCUGGCGAAGCAAUGGCUAUACAAAUAUUUUUAGUGGCAGUGAUUGUCUUAAUCAGUGGAAGUGCAGGUAGAAUUGUGAACAAGUUCAAAUGUCCUGAAGUAAGGGCUGUUCCACACUUCGAUUUGCAACAGAUGCUCGGUGACUGGUAUGUGGUGGAGUACUACGCAAGCGCAGAGGAAGCCCUGUCUUACAGUUGUAUGAAGUCAGUGUUCGCACAAGAUGACCAUGUGCCGGCUGCAGAUGGUGGUUGGACGCCAGGUGUAACGAUGAACUUCACUUACCGUUUCGCGGACGACCCUCUGGGAGAGAAUCUCUUCGGCAACAUCACUUGGCGCGUGGACCUCAACGAACCAGCACACUGGACCCAUGCUGAGAGCACCUAUGACGGCAUCUACAACACGUACGUGCUAGACACUGAGUACAAGACUUGGUCACUGCUGCUGCACUGCGCGGAACCGACAGACAAGGCCCGGUAUCUGAGUGCCUUCAUUCUGUCUCGCAAGACCACGCUGCCUAAGAACGUGAUGGCGUAUCUCAGGGACAAGUUGCCCAGAUACGACGUGGACAUGAACUACGUGUUCGCGAUCCCGCACGACGACUGCAAGGACAAACCAGCGCGUGCCGACUACUUGCCGGUGCUUGUGCCCGUCGACUCCAAGAAGCCGGAGAAACCCGGCCUAAGCUACAAUAUAGAUAACUAAGCCCCUGAAAGUACCCUUUGGUCAAAUACAGAAUAGGUACAUUCCGUUACCCCAUACACGCCGUUAUCUCCACUAGAUAAGUCGACAUGAACUGCGUGUACCCUGUGGUCAACAUAAAGUACAUGUUUAGACCUAUUCCGGCUAUUCCCUGUAGUUUUACCAGUUAAACCAUUAGGAAUUUUCUUCCUAAUAGACUUACUGAUUGUAAGACUUUGCUUUUUUGUAUGAAACCAAACGCGACAACUGUUUCGACGGAGCGCGGGGCUCCUAUUUCUAGAUUGUUUGUCCUUCGGGCAUCUACAGUGUGUGUAUUCCAUACGGGCGAAUAUUUGGAUAACGAUUAGUAUUGGACCUAAGGAGCCUAA